CGAUAACAUAAUACUGAGAGAACAAAAUGGCCAACAAUGGGAAAAUGGGUGACUACAUCAUCAACGGAAGGACGAAGGCGAUGGUGGCGUGCUACCCCGGCUCCGGCAGCCACUACGUGAAGCACGUGGACAACCCCAACAAGGACGGCAGGUGCAUCACCGCGAUCUAUUACUUGAAUCUGGACUGGGACGUCAAGAGGUGCGGCGGGCUGCUCAGGGUGUUCCCUGAAGACACUAACCAGGUGGCCGACAUAGCGCCGAUCUUCGACAGGAUGCUGUUCUUCUGGUCAGACAGGCGGAACCCGCAUGAAGUCCAGCCCGCCUACAGCACGAGAUACGCCAUCACCCUAUGGUAUUUUGAUGCACAGGAAAGGGAAAAGGCGUUGAGAAACUACAAAAAACGCGGGCAGCCGUCGUCAAGCAAGUGAUGCACGUGACGUCACGUGGCUUGCAUGGCCCGGAUCCAAGCCGCCACGGCCCUAAUCCAAGCCGCUGCAGUCCCGGUCGAAGCCGCCGCGACCACGCAGCGAUACGAAGCAAUCAGUCCUAGAACUAGUAAAGUCAAAAGAUAAUAUCUCACAGCGCGAUGUUUUCCAAAUUUGUAUAAAAUUUUUGUAAGCAUAUUUUAUCAAUCAUAAUCCAAUAACUAAGGCGAUGGCGGUUGGUAUUUGUAUCAAUAAAUGAGGUCACGUCGUCUAAAAAAAUACAUAAAACAAUUUCAACCUUAUGUAACGAACUCAAGAUUUCAUUUCCCGAAUAGUCAAAACUUACUUCGGUCAAUUAAAGCUAUAUUUAUAGAUGUUAAUAGAUUUUGAUACUAAUUCUAAACACAACUACACAGCCCUCAUCUGCCAAUUAAUUACUGUUAUUAAAAAUACUUGAUAUAGCUCAAGUUUAAUCUAAUUUUUUGCAAUGAAUUGACAAAUUUAUUAGUCUCAUAAGGAUCAUAAUAUGUGUGGCCAAAAUGGGAACUAACAUAGAUCAAGUUGAUGAUUCCUAUUGGUCAAUACAAGAACUUUGACUACAGCGCCCUCUUUUAUGUCAUUCGUAUUUCACGAUCCUUUUUUGACUAUUUCCUGACGUCAAUGUUUUAUUUUUAUUUUAAUCCAAACUCAAUUUGUAUUUAUAUUUUUAAGCCUGAAUAGUAUUAUACCGUUAUAUCACACUACUAGAUUAUGUUCUGUCUGGUUAGUUAAUGUUACGCCUUUUGUUGGUGCUUUUUCAACAUGGAUUUAUCAAAAUCAAUAGAAAAGAAAAUCAUUCUAAUUAGUAAGGUACAUCAUGUCAAUCUGAACCUUAUUUAAAUAAGCAAUAUGAAAUGAAAAUGCAUGUCAAAAAUACAAGCACCAAUUAUUAAGCAAGGUGUAUACUUGCAUUGUAACAAGCCAUAUAAACCUACACUUUAGUUCGUUUUACUUUGAAGAAGUGAAGUCCAAAUAAUGUUAUGAAAUGUAACUUAUAACUCGCAUUUUAUAUCCAUAUAGCUUAAAAAGCGUGAUUAUGUUUUUUUUUAUUAUCUACUUAAUGGUUGUUUGCGUGGAUAACCUCAAAUAGACAGUGGCUUUACCCGACGUGAGAACCUGGAUGGACCUAAAGUUUCUUAAUUUUCUGUUUCGCUUAUAUGAUACUAAAAACGGUCCUCCGAGGUUCCUAUUUGGGCGAGGCUCCAGGCGUAUACCCCUAAAAUAGCCUCUGCAAAUAAAAGUCAUUCAGUCAGAGUAUGGAAUAUUUUGUGAUUUGAAGCGGCAUCAUAGUAGCUCCGUUUUAGAAUCCGAGAUUUUUCUGCAGUUUUGGUUAAUAAUUUUGCUGGCAGUGUCUAUUAGAGGUAACCUUUUUGGUUUGUCAUCGCAUCAAUGCAGUGAACAGUGAGAAUGGUUUAAGACUGAAUACUAUUCGAAACGUGUAUAUGAGAUUCAUCGACAUGUACAUUAUUAUUAUAAUUUAUUUAUCUACUUUGUAUUUCACACCGUUUUGUAUAUAUAAUG